AUGGGGGCUGUUUUAUGUAAGGAAGUUACAGAAGGAAGUGCAGCAGGAAGAGGCUUUGUAGGAAUGGAAGAGGUGAGGCAGCCGCAUCUGAGAUUCUGCAAAGGGAUUAAGAUUUGGCACCAGACUGGGUUUCUGUGCAGGCUCUUAGGCAGUGAGCCCCAGGAGAGGGAAGCAGACUGUCAGCUGUGGCUUUGCACGAUCUCAGCCGCCUUGAAGGUUGGUUGGCUCUCCCCUCUUUCGGAGGUACCCAAUUUUACCUUAUUAAAGGAUGGGGGAGGAUGCUGGAGGCUUAAAGAAGACCAGAUCUACAAUGCAGUGAGAAGAGAAGAAACAGAAGGUACAGUUGGAUCUCUUCUCCAUUUCUUCACAAAGCUCCUAGCCCCUGGGACAGUCCAGGCAAGGAUUAGCUUUGGUCCGUGCUUGAAGCAGUGUAUCCAAGAUACUGUAUGUGAGUUUCGUGCCACCCUCCAGAGGACUUCCAUAUCUCAGUACGUCACUGGUUCUCUCCUGGAGGCAACCACAUCUUUAGGAGCAAGAAGUGGUCUUCUCAGUACUUUCGGAGGAUCCACUGGACGAAUGAUGCUGAAAGAACGCCAACCAGGUGCCUCUGUGGCCAAUUCUAAUGCCCUCGCUUCAAGUUCAGCUGGGAUCCUCAAGGAACUGAUCGAUCUGCAGCCCCUCAUCCAGUUCCCAGAGGAAGUCGCCAGUAUCCUAACAGAACAGGAGCAGAAUAUUUACCGAAGGGUCCUGCCAGUUGACUACCUUUGCUUCUUAACCCGGGACUUGGGCACCCCAGAAUGCCAGAGGUCCCUGCCCUGCCUCAAAGCAUCCAUCUCAGCAUCAGUUCUUACCUCUCAUAAUGGAGAGCACAAUGCUCUUGAAGACCUUGUGAUGAGAUUUAAUGAGGUGAGCUCCUGGGUAACAUGGCUGAUCCUCACGGCAGGAUCCAUGGAGGAAAAACGAGAAGUCUUCUCAUAUUUGGUGCAUGUGGCCAAGUGCUGCUGGAACAUGGGCAAUUACAAUGCUGUCAUGGAGUUCUUGGCAGGCCUCAGGUCUAGAAAAGUUCUAAAGAUGUGGCAGUUCAUGGAGCAGUCUGACAUCGAGACCAUGAGAAGCCUAAAGGAUGCUAUGGCUCAGCACGAGUCUUCCUUGGAGUACCAGAAGGUGGUGACACGGGCCCUGCACAUCCCUGGCUGCAGGGUGGUUCCGUUCUGUGGGGUGUUUCUAAAGGAGCUCUGUGAAGUGCUGGAUGGAGCCUCGGGCCUCAUGAAGCUUUGCCCACAGUAUAAUUCCCAAGAGGAGACCUUAGAGUUUGUAGCCGAUUACAGUGGACAAGAUAAUUUCUUGCAACGAGUAGGACAGAAUGGCUUAAAGAAUUCAGAGAAAGAAUCCACUGUCAACAGCAUCUUUCAGAUCAUCAGAAGCUGCAGUCGAAGUCUGGAGGCAGAGGAGGACGACAGCCUCAGUGAAGGGGACAGCUCUAGGAAAAAUUCCUUGAAGGAUAAAGCUCGAUGGCCGUUUAUAAUUGGAGAUUUGCUGGAUUCAGAAAAUGACAUCUUUGAACAGUCCAAAGAAUGCGACCCUCAUGGGCCAGAGGAGUCACAGAAGGCCUUCAGCCACGGGACAGAGCUCAUCCCGUGGUACGUGUUGUCCAUCCAAGCUGAUGUGCACCAGUUCCUGCUGCAGGGGGCUACAGUCAUCCAUUAUGACCAAGACACACAUCUCUCUGCUCGCUGUUUCCUCCAGCUUCAGCCUGACAAUAGCACGUUGACUUGGAUGAAGCCCCCCACUGUCUCCCCAGCUAGUGCUAAAGCAAAACUUAGUAUGCUCAGUAACACAGUGGAGCCUGGCAAAUUCCCAUCACUGAGCAAUGCUGGAUUAAGCAGCCUGACAGAGGGGAUCUUAGAUCUGUUUUCAGCAAAGGCUGUGUAUAUGGGACACCCUGGCAUUGAUCUACACACUGUGUGUGUUCAGAACAAACUGAGUAACAUGUUUCUGUCAGAGACUGGUGUGACCCUGCUCUAUGGACUUCAGACUACAGACAAUAGAUUACUGCAUUUCGUGGCACCAAGGCACACCGCUAAAAUGCUCUUCAGCGGGUUGUUGGAACUCACUAGAGCUGUGAGAAAGAUGAAGAAGUUCCCUGACCAAAGACAGCAGUGGCUGCGGAAACAGUACGUCAGCCUCUACCAGGAGAAUGGUCGGUAUGAAGGCCCAACUUUAGCUAAUGCAGUGGAGUUAUUUGGUGGAAGACGGUGGAGUACUCAAAAUCCCAGCCCCGGAACAUCAGCAAAAAAUGCCGAGAAACCCAGUAUGCAGAGAAACAACACCCUGGGCAUAAACACCACCAAGAAAAAGAAGAAAAUCCUCAUGAGGGGUGAGAGUGGAGAGGCAACUGAUGAUGAGAUGACAACCCGAAAAGCCAAAAUCCAAAAAGAGUGUCGAGGCCGGAGUGGUUCCGAUCCUCAAGACAUUAAUGAACAAGAAGAAUCAGAGGCUGAUGCCAUCGCUGGCCCUCCCAAUCCCCUCCCUUCAAGAAGAGCUCAUUCUUUGACCACAGCUGGGUCCCCCAACUUGGCUCCCACAACAUCUUCUCCCAUCAGGCCAGUCUCCUCUCCUGUGCUGUCUUCUGCAAACAAGAGUCCGUCCAGUGCCUGGAGCAGCAGCAGUUGGCACGGGCGGAUGAAAGGAGGAAUGAAGGGGUUCCAGAGCUUCAUAGUUUCAGACAGUAACAUGAGUUUCAUUGAAUUUAUUGAGCUGUUCAAGUCUUUCAGUGUGAGGAGCCGCAAGGACCUGAAGGAUCUCUUCGAUGUCUACUCUGUGCCCUGCAACCGAUCGGGCUCCGAGUCAGCCCCCCUGUACACCAACCUGACAAUCGAGGAAAGCACCAGUGACUUUCAGCCUGAUCUAGAUUUGUUGACUAGAAAUGUCUCGGACUUGGGGUUGUUCAUUAAGAGUAAGCAGCAGCUGUCAGACAACCAGAGGCAGAUAUCUGAUGCCAUUGCCGCUGCAAGCAUUGUGACAAAUGGCACUGGGAUUGAGAGCACAUCCCUGGGCAUAUUUGGGAUUGGCAUACUCCAGCUCAAUGACUUCUUAGUUAAUUGCCAAGGAGAACACUGCACGUAUGAUGAAAUCCUCAGCAUCAUCCAGAAGUUCGAGCCUAACAUCAGUAUGUGUCAUCAGGGUCUAAUGUCAUUUGAAGGAUUUGCAAGGUUUCUCAUGGAUAAAGAUAAUUUUGCUUCAAAAAAUGAUGAGUCACAGGAGAACAGAAAAGAAUUGCAGCUACCCCUCUCCUACUAUUACAUUGAAUCUUCCCACAAUACCUACCUCACAGGACAUCAACUCAAAGGAGAAUCCUCGGUAGAACUCUACAGCCAGGUCCUCUUGCAAGGCUGCAGAAGCAUAGAGCUGGACUGCUGGGAUGGAGAUGAUGGAAUGCCCAUUAUUUAUCAUGGACAUACGCUGACAACAAAGAUCCCCUUCAAGGAAGUAGUUGAAGCUAUUGAUCGCAGUGCCUUUAUCAACUCUGACCUGCCAGUCAUCAUAUCAAUUGAGAACCACUGUUCAUUGCCUCAGCAACGAAAAAUGGCAGAAAUUUUCAAGACUGUGUUUGGAGAAAAGCUGGUGGCUAAAUUCUUGUUUGAAACUGAUUUCUCCGAUGAUCCAAUGCUUCCCUCACCUGACCAACUUAGGAGGAAAGUGCUUCUUAAAAACAAGAAGUUAAAGGCCCAUCAGACACCAGUGGACAUCUUAAAGCAAAAGGCUCAUCAGUUAGCGUCCAUGCAAGCACAGGCUUACAAUGGGGGAAGCACCAACCCCGCAUCUGCCAAUAAUGAGGAAGAAGAAGAUGAAGAAGAUGAAUAUGAUUAUGAUUAUGAAUCCCUUUCUGAUGACAACAUUCUGGAAGACAGACCUGAAAAUAAAUCAUGCAAUGACAAGCUUCAGUUUGAGUACAAUGAAGAAAUCCCCAAGAGGAUAAAGAAAGCAGAUAACUCUGCUUACUACAAAGGGAAGGUUUAUGACAUGGAACUGGGAGAAGAAUUUUAUCUUCCUCACAAUAAAAAAGAAAGCAGACAGAUUGCACCAGAGCUUUCUGACCUGGUCAUCUAUUGCCAAGCAGUAAAAUUUCCAGGCCUGUCAACUCUAAAUGCAUCUGGCUCUAGCAGAGGAAAAGAAAGGAAAAGCAGGAAGUGCAUUUUUGGCAACAAUCCGGGGAGAAUGAGCCCAGGGGAGACAGCACCAUUUAACAAAACAUCUGGAAAAAAUUCCUAUGAAGGAAGUCGACAGACCUGGGAGGAAUCUUCUUCCCCCCUCAACCCGACCACAUCCCUCAGUGCUAUCAUUAGAACCCCCAAAUGCUAUCAUAUCUCAUCGCUGAAUGAAAAUGCUGCCAAACGCCUGUGUCGCAGGUAUUCUCAGAAACUGGUCCAGCACACCGCCUGUCAGCUGCUGAGGACUUACCCGGCUGCCACCCGCAUUGACUCAUCUAACCCCAACCCCCUCAUAUUCUGGCUCCAUGGUAUACAACUUGUGGCUCUCAACUACCAGACGGAUGAUCUCCCUUUACAUUUAAAUGCUGCUAUGUUUGAGGCAAAUGGUGGCUGUGGUUAUGUUUUGAAGCCACCGGUUCUAUGGGACAAGAACUGUCCCAUGUAUCACAAGUUUUCUCCACUGGAAAGAGAUCUAGACAACCUGGAGCCUGCUGUCUAUUCUUUAACUAUUGUCUCUGGCCAAAAUGUGUGCCCUAGUAACAGCACAGGAAGUCCAUGCAUUGAAGUUGACGUGCUGGGCAUGUCCCUGGACAGCUGCCAUUUCCGCACAAAACCUAUCCAUCGAAACACUCUGAACCCCAUGUGGAGUGAACAGUUUCUGUUCCGUGUUCAUUUUGAAGAUCUUGUAUUUCUUCGUUUUGCAGUUGUGGAAAACAACAGUUCGGCAGUAACUGCUCAGAGAAUCAUUCCACUCAAGGCUUUAAAACGAGGAUAUCGACAUCUUCAACUGCGAAACCUUCACAAUGAAGUCUUGGAAAUCUCUAGUUUAUUCAUAAACAGCAGAAGAAUGGAAGAAAAUUCCUCUGGCAGUACCAUGCCAGCCUCUUUGAUGUUUAAUACAGAAGAAAGAAAAUGUUUACAGACUCACAGAGUCACAGUGCAUGGGGUCCCAGGUCCUGAGCCCUUUGCUGUUUUCACCAUAAAUGGAGGAACCAAAGCAAAGCAACUUCUCCAACAGGUUCUGAUGACUGAACAAGACACCAAAUUAUUCUCCACAGACUAUUUUUUGAUGGAAGAAAAGUAUUUUAUAUCAAAAGAAAAGAAUGAAUGCAGGAAACAACCUUUCCAGAGAGUCAUUGGUCCAGAAGAAGAGAUCAUGCAGAUUUUAAGCAGCUGGUUUCCAGAAGAAGGUUACAUGGGCAGGAUUGUCUUAAAAACCCAGCAGGAAACUCUAAAAGAGAAAAGCAUUGUUCAGGAUGACAAAGAGGUGAUCUUGACCUCAGAGGAGAGUUUCUUUGUCCAAGUGCAUGAUGUUUCUCCAGAGCAACCUAGAACAGUGAUCAAAGCACCCCGUGUCAGCACUGCCCAGGAUGUCAUUCAGCAGACAUUAUGCAAAGCCAAAUAUUCCUAUAGCAUCCUGAGCAACCCCAAUCCAGGUGACUAUGUGCUUUUGGAAGAGGUAGUGAAAGACACACCCAACAAGAAGUCUUCUACUCCAAAGUCUUCACAGAGAGUUCUUUUGGACCAGGAGUGUGUGUUUCAAGCCCAAAGCAAGUGGAAAGGUGCAGGGAAAUUCAUUCUUAAACUAAAGGAACAGGUGCAGGCAUCUCGAGAAGAUAAAAGAAAGGGCAUCUCUUUUGCAAGUGAACUCAAGAAGCUCACCAAGUCAACCAAGCAGCCCCGGGGACUCACUUUAUCUCCUCAGCUCGUGGCCUCAGAAAGUGUCCAAAAUAAGGAGGAGAAACCUGUAGGUAGCUUGGCCUCCAGUGACACAAUGGAUAAUCAACUGUGACUAAAGGGCAGCAUGUUUCACCAGGUGAAGAUCUUUUGGCAAGGAGUUAAAGCCAAGAAUGAACAUGGUGGAAAGAAAUAUAAUUUAUUUUCAUUAGAUUUGAACUGGAAACUGAUGACAUCUGAACUGCAACCUUUACACAAGAUGUGAAGUCCAUGCCAAGGACAAGUGAAAUAGGACAGGGUGAAUGGCCACCAACCAAUUUACUGAUUUAACAAAGCGGUGAAGCACGUGGGACUUCCCUUUUACAAAUGCUGUUGUACGUGCAGUGAGAAGAAACAUCCUUAAGUUUGCAGUAAUUCUCUUAGAAAAUAAAAAGGUCAGCAUACUUUUCUCUGCAAAGGGCCAGACAGGAAAUAUUUUAGGGUUGGAGACCAUAUGGCCUCUGCUGUAACUAUUUUGUAAGUUGCACACUCUGCCAAAGUGCACAGACAACAGAAAAAAUGAAUGAAACUAGCUGUAUUCCCGUGAACAUUUAUGGACACUGCAAUUGGAAUUUCAUAUAAUUCUCACGUAUCACAAAUAUCCUUUUGAUUUUUUUCAACCACUAAAAAAUGUAAAGAUUGGGCUGAGGAUUUAGUUCAGUG